AUGCGAAGAUCUGAUGGUCGACUUCGCAACAGACUCCGAAAGGAGCUUGAGGUCCAGCUUCAUAUUAGUGAGGACACUCUGAAUAGUAUGCAUGAAAUGAUUGCGGCCGACGUUUUCAUGGGCAGUGCCUCGUCGAUGUCUUCAGGGCCAUUGUACACGUUAUCGCGGGGCGUGAGACUGCUUAUAUCACACCCUCCGCAACAAGGUGAUCCUUUGUUCGCCCAGUAUGAUAGUAAAGCAGGUAGGCUCAUUGACCCCGAGGAAUUCUUCAAGGCAUGGAAAAUAUACGAGGCUGGGAACGGCCAUUCCUUGCUGGAUGCAAUGCAACGAUAG